AUGGAUAAAGCACAUCCAUUUAGCAUACCCAUGGUUGUCCGACCGCUAGAUCUACAUAAGGAUCCUUACCGCCCUCAAGAAGAAGGCGAAAAAGUACUUGGUCCAGAAGUAUCGUACUUAAGCGCGAUCGGUGCACUUAUGUAUCUCGCAAAUAACACAAGACCUGAUAUUGCAUUUGCAGUACAUGUACUAGCGAGAUACAGUUCGAAUCCAACACGUAGACACAUGAAUGGCGUAAAACAUAUAAUCCGGUAUAUUUGCGGGACACAAGACUUAGGUCUUUUCUAUCAGAAAGAUCAAAAGUCCCAACUUGUUGGGUAUGCGGAUGCCGGAUAUCUAUCAGAUCCAAAGCAAAUUCUCAGACAGUUGUGUGCUUAUUCAUGUUUUCUAGAAUCUGAUGUCUUGGUUAUGGUUUUGGAGUUGAGGGUUUCACUGGAAGCAGUCUCUGAGGAAUCCAUUGCUCAAUACAUACCACCUUUCACUUCUUUAGUUGCUCCUGUUGCCAAACAUACCGAUUCCGUUAACCCUCUUUAUAGUGCUCAAAUCAUGACAAAAUAUGUAAACUCACAAUUCAUCCACACCAACUUCCUCAUAGACAUGGAAGCUCCAUUCACAUGGUACGACUGCGACGGUCAGUGGGACAUAUAUCCCGGCAGUUGCCCUUUCACCGCCGUUUGUCUCUCCCCCGUUUCUUGCGAAGAAUAUCAAUGCACCGAUGUUCGAACAUCAACUUUGGAUCGUUACUCUUCUUGUCCUCCAGUAACCAACGGUUCGACAUUACCUGGUUGGGGACUUUGCUCAUGUCCAGUCACUGUUGUGAACCCUAUCACUGGCUCAUGUGGCGAAGCAUUGCUCAACAAUGAUGAACUUUGGUUUAAUGGAACUAAUGGUAGAAUUGCUUUUCCUGACUUUAUGGGUGUUUACCCUACCAUCGCGUGUGCUCCUUCUUCGGCUUUUGAGUCGUUUCCCAAAAAUGUUAGCGGCGUGUUGGCAAUGUCCUCAUCGCCUCAUGCAUUACCCAUGAAUCUUUAUGGAGUAAUUCAAAGAUCCUUUGCUCUAUGUUUACCUACUUCCGCGUCUUCUCCUGGGGUGUUAAUCUUAGGAAGCAGUCCGUAUUAUCUUGAUUCGCAUUCGGAUGUUGAUGUGAGAAGUUUUCUUUCUUAUACCCCUUUACUAAACAAUAUUCAAGACACUUUUGGAUACUACGUUGGUGUCAAUACCAUUGUAAUAAGAAAAAGAUCUAUCAAUGUUCCCCCAAAUGCCACCACAAAGAUAAGUACACUUGUCCCUUACACCACUCUUAGAACAGACAUUUAUAAACAAGUUGUUGGAAGGUUUUCAAAGGUUACAAAACGACUUCAGCCUACAAAACCUGUUGCACCGUUUGGUCUUUGUUUCAAGAUCUUUACAAAUGGUACGCGGGCUGGUUUGAAGGUUCCGGAUAUAGAUUUUGGUCUAGGAAAUGGGAUGAAGUGGAGUGUUUCGACGGCUAACUCGAUGAAGCGGAUGAGACAAGAUGUUUGGUGUCUGGCGUUUGUUGAUGGUGGUGUGACAAGUGAACAUGUUAUCGUGUUGGGGACGUUCCAGAUGGAGGAUAACUUUUUAUUGUUUGAUGUUGUUAAUUCGAGUUUGGGGUUUAGUUCUUCCCUGUUGAAUAAAGGAACUUCUUGUGCAAGUUUCAACUUUACAGGAGUUUGA